AUGGUUGUUGUAAACGAGCCGACAGGCGACAAUCCUGGAAUUUCUUCGCUGACGAGUGUCACAAUAUUCACAAUGGGGCGCUCUUGCCGUCACUUUCGUGUGAGGCAGCUUUUUCUGUCGCUUGCCGAACGCAUUACAAAGCGGCGCGAAACGGCGUUACUGCACGCGCUUGAUGCGCAAAUGAACUGUCAGCCGGGAUGCAUUAUCAGUCUUGCUCAUCCCGGGAUCGUCUACGAGUUCACGGAUCAGGAAUGCACUUCGCCGGCCCAUCAGCAACAUGCCUCCGCGAUCCCCUCCUCGUCACACUCGCCGCUCUGCCGUGCACGUGUGAUUAUCGACGCGGCGCGGUCGUCGUCGUCGUCCACCGGGGGGCUGGGCUGGCCGGCCGGCUGGGGGUUGGGCCCGGGACGACUGGCGAGGCGUGGCCUCGCAUGCAGAUAUGGGCCGCCUCGGGCCUCCUCCGGCACUGCUACCUCGCAUGUCAUGACGUCAUGA